GCCCAGCCCGGCCGCGGUUUGUCCCUGCCGCCCCGCCGUAGCGCGCCGCCCCGCGGGCAGUGAUGGGAAGUGUAGGCGGAAGAGGGCGCUGAGAGAGCGGCGGGAGGGAGUUUUGAGGGGUCCCCGGGAUGGAGCCCCCCCCUCAGCCCAGUGCCAUGGAUGCCCUGCACGAGGCCGGGAUCCGCGCCGCCGUGGCCCUGCAGGCUGGCCCGCCCUGGCUGGAGCAGUUCUGGCUCUUCCUGAGCUCCCAGCUGGAUCCCAACUCCAUCUACACCGUGUGCUUCCCGCUGGCCCGCGGCCUGGACGAGCACGUGUCCCUCAUGGUCCUCUGGAUCGCCCUGGCGGCCGAGUGGCUCAACGUGGUGCUCAAGUGGUUCCUGUUCGGGGAGCGCCCGUACUGGUGGAUGCACGAGUCGGGGCUGUCGGAGCGGGAGCAGCUCCCGCUGCGCCAGUUCCCCAUCACCUGCGAGACCGGACCAGGGAGCCCCUCGGGCCACUGCAUGAUCCUGGGGGCGGCCCUGUGGCCGAUCGUCACCGCCCUGAGCAAGGCAGCGUCCAGGUACAGCCGCAGCCGGCUGCUGAGGCUGAUCCCGUUCCUGCUCUACGUCCUCCUGCUGGUGGCCAUGGGGCUCUCCCGGGUCUUCGUCCUGGCCCACUUCCCCCAUCAGGUGAUCUCCGGCUCCCUGGCAGGGAUGGCCCUGGGCUGGGGGCUGCAGCGCCGGCCCCCCAACUUCCUCAGGGUCCGCUUCUUCCUGCUGACGGCGCUGGGGCUGCUCCUGAGCGCGCUGGCGCUGCACGGGCUGGGCACGGCCGCGGGGCUGGACCUGGACUGGUCCCUCCGCCGGGCCAGCGCCCGCUGCUCGGAGCCCGCCUGGCUGCGGCCGGAGACGCGGCCCUGGGCCUCGCUGUGCCGGGUGAGCGGCAGCGCCCUGGGGCUGGCGCUGGCCGCCCGGCACCCGCCGAGCCGCCGGGAGCUGCAGGGGCUGGAGCCGCCGCUGGGCAGCGCCACGCUGGGGCUGCUGGCCCUGGACGUGCUGCACAAGCUGCCCAAGAGCGACGGCACCGCCCUGUGGUACCUGAACGUGGGGGCCCGCUACGCCCUGGGGCCCGUGCUGGUGGGCUCCCUGCUGCCCCAGCUCAUCCUCAGCGUCCGGCGGCUGCGGGCAAACCCCUAGACCCCCCCCCCAGAAUGGUGGGGAUCUGCUGCUGGUUCAUCUCCACCUGUCCAGAGACCCCCACAUUGAGUAGGGGGUGUCUGCUCUGUUGCCAGUUCAUUCUCACACUCCUUUUGCCACAGGGACCCCCAAACUGAGUAAGGGGUCUCCACUCCUGUCCUGGUUCAUCCUCACCCUCCCUUUGCCCAGGACCCCCAAAUUGAGUGGGGGGCCCAGGGUUUCUGCUCUCUUUCCAGUUCAUCCUUGCCCUCCCUUUGCCCAGGACCCCCAAAUUGAGUGGGGGUCCUGCUCUGUUCCCAGUUCAUUCACACUCCUCCCCAGGACCCCCAAAUUGAGGGGGGGGUUUCUGCUCUGUUCCCAGUUCAUCCUCACCCUCCCUUUGCCCAGGACCCCCAAAUUGAGUGGGGGUCCCUGCUCUGUUCCCAGUUCACUCUCACUCCUCCCCAGGACCCCCAAACUGAGGGGGGGUCCCUGCUCUGUCCCUCUCCCCCCCAGACCCAGCAGCUGUCCCGGUUCUCGCCCACCCUCAGCUGCCCCAGGGACCCCCCCUCACCCCGGCUGGGGGGUCCCUGUCCCCCGGGGCAGAGCCGGGGGUGCCCCGUGCCCGGCUGGGGACACAGCCCAGGGACAGCCGCGGUGACACUGAGCUGCCACCGCUGUCCCCAGCUGUCCCGCAGCAGGGGUGGGACCCCCGGCCCGCCGGGACCCCCCCUCACCCCGGUGCGUGCGGGGCUGCCCCGUUUGGAACCAAAUAAAGCUCCAGAACCGAGCCGGGCCCCGAGUGCUGGGGGGGGGACAGCGGGGACAGAGCCCCCCGAGCCCGGGGGCGACAAAGGGGACCCGCCCCGCUCCCUCCCUGCGCCUCCUGCGGUGCCUGGGGAAACUGAGGCACGUGGGGACACGGCGGGGAGAAAGGGCAGGGAAAGGGACACGGGGACAGGAGAAGGGACACGGGGACAGGAGAAGGGACACGGGGACAGGAGAAGGGACACGGGGACACCCCCAAAGGCAGCGGGCCCGGCGGGUAUUGCCAGAAACAGUUUAUUUAUACAAGGACGAACAUCGGUGACAUCUUACAAAAUACCGAACCGAGACCCAGAGCGAGCGUGAGCGGGGACGGACGGGACCGGGGGACACGGGGACACACGGGGCGGGGGGACACCAGCCCAAAGCAAGCCGGGCACGCUGCCGGGGGGGCGGAGACCCUCCUCUCCCCUCCCCAAACCCAGAGGCCUCUCCCUCUCCUGGGAUGGGGAUCCCCCGCCACUCCCGGGGUGUCCCCAGCGUUGGGGACACGCACGGUCCUCCCCCCCAGGAGAGGUGACAAGGACAACCUCAGCCCUCUGUCCUAAUUUGGGACCACCCCAAAUUCCCCCCCCCGCCCCCGGAAUAAUUUAACCCACGAUGUGCUGUCCCUGUUUCCCCCCCUCCGCCCCCCCAAUUAAAAAAAUACUAUUAAAUAAUCCAUCUGUAAUAAAAUUAUAUCCCUUUUUUGGGGGGGGGGUUGGGUGGUUUUCUCUCUUUUAAAGCUAAAAUCGCUCUGAGGCCCCUCCGGCUGGUGACAAAACAGGAAAAUAAAGUGGUUUUUCCUCUAUUUUUUUUUUUCUUUUCUCUCUUUUUUCUCCCCUUUCCUAGAAGGAUAAAUUUGAUCCCAACAAAGGCGCCGGGGUGACAAAGUGA